AUUUCGCGAUGGGGCUCGUCGUGAGCCAGAACAGGUAGAGGGUGUGCGUGACCAAAAAUUUCACAAAAAUCGCGACUCUACGUUGUUGUUGUUGUGAAUUAUAAAAAUAGACAUCGCAAUGGCUGUGAAUUAUGUUCUUUAUACUUAACGCGAUAUGCUGUGCUGCUGGAUAUACUGUUUGGCUGCUGCCGUGUGGCUGCUAUCGGCUAUUAGGGGAUGCUCAUCGGCUGCUACUAAAAGAGAAGCCGAUUAUACUUUGGAUGAAUCCUAUUGGAUCGCAGAGAGCCCUGCUGGAGAAGUGGAGAGACUUCUUCGGGAAUACACCCAGAAUCAGGAGAUGGUACGAAAUAUCGGUUCCCAUUAUUAUCAGAUUAUCUAUCCUGUACAAUUGCGGCAACAUAAGAAAAUGGGAAUAUCGACUAGGGAGAUAGGGUCGUCUAAGGUACGCAAAGCCAGGAGUACGAGAGGUCAGGGCAGUGACAGCAGCACAUCAUCUUCUGGAUUUUCCGGAAGGGGUCGUCAAACUAAAACCGGCAAGCACUUUCACCGCACCUCACUUCUCAUCAAAGCCUUCAACCACAAGUUUCGUCUGGAUCUCGAGCUUAACACGCAACUGAUAGCACCUAAUAUCGCUCAAAAACAUUAUUUAGCAAACGGGGCGGAGUACGAAUCAAAAAGGGAUAUCGAACAUUGUUACUACCACGGAACUGUACAAGACUAUCCAGGAGCGACAGCAGCUUUCCAUACUUGCAACGGUGUCAGCGGGGUAAUACACGUGGGAAACGAAACUUUUGUUAUUCAUCCGUUUUAUGGAGGAGAUCUGUCGCAGAAACAUCCUCACGUGAUUUUUGAAGCCCGCACCAAAGCAAAUAAGGGAUGUGCUAAUUCUGGAAGUAUGGAGUGGAGGGUUAAUCCACAUUCUGGAUUUUUUCCUCACAAUUCAAGGGUGAAACGAGAUGUCCGCGAGGCAACCAAAUACAUCGAGACAGCAUUAGUAAUAGAUAAAGCGAUGUUCGACAAAAGAAACGGGAGUACUAGGAACGACGUCGUACACGAUUCCAUCCAAGUGGCAAAUAUCGCCGAUCUUUAUUUUAGAACUUUAAAUACCAGGGUAUCAGUAGUUUAUGUUGAAACAUGGCAGGGAGCAAACCAAGCAAUGAUAAAUCCAAAUGAAGAUAUAGGAAAAGCUUUAUCGAAUUUCAAUGAUUAUUCUGCAAGAAAAUUAUUCAAGGUCGAUAAAGAUACAACACAACUUCUAACCGGUGAAGUCUUCGUUGGCGGAGAAGCUGGAAUGGCUGUUCCCGCGACUGUUUGUACAGCGAAAUCUGUUGGAAUUAGCGUAGAUAUCAAUACUUACGAACCUCAUUUAUUAGCUGGAACAAUGGCACAUAUGAUAGGACAUAACAUCGGUAUGGGUCACGAUGAUGGUAGGGAGGAAUGUUCUUGUAGGGACUGGCAUGGAUGUAUUAUGGCUCAAGCAAUAGUCGGACAAGACAACGUACAACCUUACAAAUUUUCGGAAUGUAGUAAAGAAGAUUAUAUCGACAGAUUAAGAACAGGAAAUGGGAUUUGUCUGCUCAAUAAACCAAACGAACUUACAGAUCGUCGCACUUGCGGUAACAACAUAGUGGAAGAAGGUGAAGAUUGUGAUUGCGGUAGCAUAGAGAACUGUCACAAAAACAAUCCAUGUUGUGAUCCGAUCACUUGUAAACUCACCAAAGAAGCCCAAUGCGCUUCGGGCAGCUGUUGUGAAGACUGUCAAUUAAAAGAGAAAGGUGUUAUUUGUAGAGAAGCUACCAACGAAUGCGAUUUACCGGAACGUUGUACUGGAGUUACAGGAGAAUGUCCAAUAGAUACUUUCAAGAAAAACGGCAGCCCUUGUGAAAGCAAUACAGGACAAUGUUUCAACGGAUUGUGUCCGACUUUGAGCGUACAGUGCGAGCAUAUAUGGGGAUUAGGAGGGAUAGAAGCCGAUCCGCAAUGCUACGAACAGUUCAAUUCUAAAGGUUCUAUUAACGGACAUUGUGGAAGUGACAAUACCGGAAGAUUUAUCAAGUGCUCAUUGGAAAACGUCAAAUGCGGUUCGCUGCAAUGCCAACUGGGUAACAGAUAUCCAGUUGUAGAAGGAUUGGAUCAACCGCAGGAUCAUUCUAGGACUAUCAUAUCUACGAAAGGUCACGAAUACGAAUGCAAGACGACGGCUGGACGAAAGGACAUUACCAAUCCGAAAACUGUUGAUCUCACUUACUUAGGACUAGUCAGAGAUGGUACACCGUGUGGGGAAAACCUCAUUUGCCUUAACCAGACCUGUACUAGCAUCUUUCCGUAUAUUAAACAAGACAAAUGUCCUUCGAACCAAGCCAGCAAUGAAUGCUCUGGCCAUGGGGUUUGCACUAACCAAAACAAGUGUUUCUGUGAUUCCGGUUGGACCGGCAGUGAUUGCUCAAUUCAAGUGGAAACGACUCCACCACCUUCUCAAGCGACGUUGUCUCCAGGUUUAUCACCUACUAAUCUACAAGAACAAAUGACAAAGAAAGAAACCCCCUACGAGGAUUAUCACGGCUCUAAUACGAUCUUUCUCGUGAGCACUCUCAUGUCGGUGGUAGGGGGUGUGUUCGUUGUAUUUGCUACAAUGGCCCUUUGCUACAGGUCAGUCGUAGUACACAAAAACUUCUCGCUCUGUCUAAGGAAAACGACCGUACGUAAAUAUGAAAAAGAAUGCAAGCAGCCUAUACAGAAAAACUUCGUAGUGACCGGCAACCAUUCCCAGGAAGACUGUUUAGAUAAUAACAAGAUACUCACACUUGGUCCUGGAAGUGUGACGUCUUUUGGCCGUGCCGAUUCUCAAAGGGUGCUCUUUAGACCAACGAACCAUAUGGGAGCUGGAGGAGCAGCACAUUUCCAGGACCACAAAAUGCAGCAAUUGAAAAGGAUAGGCGUUGGAUCAUCUGCUGAAGAAGAUCAAUCUCAAUCAGAGAAAAAGGGGAUUCUGAAGAAGCACGACUACGGUAUGUUAUUAUUGGGAGACGGAAAAGAAAAUUGGGUGAACAGUACGCAAAACGACGAGAUUUUAAGUCAAGUUGAUAUUUCGGAGUUGACAAGUGGAGCGGAAGUCGAAAGAACUUUGAAAACUUUGAAUGGAUAUCAUGAAGAUAUAAUAAAGGCGUUAAGGAAUGCUGCUACACAUAGGGGUACCUCGACGCCUAGCGGAAGCACUAGUGCUUUGAGUGAAGAGUUAUUAAGAAGGAGUAUUGCGCAAGUAGCAGAAAGUUAUUCUGAUUAUAAGAGAAGUGGCAGUAAAGAAACUAUUUGCGAGCCAUCGGUGGUGAUAGAGCAAGAAGAGGAAGACGACGACGAGGUCCCUCCUUGCGGGCCGAUCCGCAUCCGUAAUCUAGAAGAUCUAAUCCGGCAACUCGAGCAUCAUUCGCGUCACAUGAGCCCGAGCGGUUCCGAAGAUAUUCGAAUGUCAGAAACCGAAGCCGAUCGACAUUAUCGACAAGAAUCCUCCUCGGCUUGCAGCGAGAGCUCCCAUCAAUCGCACAGGGACUCACGCUUCGUUUAUGGUCGCUACAGGCAGCCGUCGUCAAGGCUACCUUAUCCUCAUCCCCAUAGCCAUCACCAAGUCGAGGAGGAGAGUAUAUACGAAACCGCAGAUCAUGAAAGAGGAGUACCAUGCGGUGAUACUCCUGAUAGUGAAAGUGAUGAAUUUAUUCAAGCUCAGCAGCAACUAGCCCGAUGGGCGAGUGAAGACGCGAUGGGGGUUCAGCCAGGUCCCAGCGGCGGCGGCAACGUAAGCAAUACCGUACCACGAGAAUACUACCCUUCUCCUAGUAGUUCGACGAGCGAAGAGCCACCGAGCAUCGCUCGAGCGCCAGCGCCGACGCCUGGAGGUCAUGUCCCCCAUCCCGAUCACGCGACUAUCCACAGGCCGAAGAGAUACCCCGAAUAUAAACACUGAUAGUGACUCACGGGCGCCUUCGAGGCGCUGUACUCUCGUAGGCCCGAUCUUGACCUAGCCACGUAUACGCCCGCGAGGUACGUCGAUCACCGCUCGAAUCUUUCGUUGCCGAGACGAGUGAGCGCUCAAAUCGCGGACACUGUUAUUUAAAUCGUAAUAGUGAUGCUUUUAUUAAAACUUAAUCGAAUACUGAUAAUUUAUUAAAUUCAACAGAACCUUGGUUAGGUUAAUACGGAUAACCUCGAUCUAAGUUGGUUGUGGUUUACUCAAAGACCCAUUGUAGAACAAAACCUGAUAGAUGAAUUUUGUUGUAAUCAUAUAACUAACAAGCUUUUGACAACGGAGAAAUAUUUAUAAACGGAAAGUAAGAGUUUGUUGGAAAGUUUGUUAGAUGUUAAUUGUUAGAUGGUGGCGCUGUCCAUUCUAUGGAUUCUAUCCCCCAUAUGAAACCAUUGGGAAAAAUGACUCCAAAGUAAUGGCAGAUACAGCUCAUAACCACCUCAUUUUCAAGGUUUAACUAGCCAAAGUUGUCACGGAAAAUUUUACUUAAAACUACCGCAUAGCAAGACCUGAAUGAGAAAUCAAUUAUCAAGAUACUGUAACCAUUUCUGCUAAUUACUUGAUAUCUUUUUGUUUAUGAUAAUUGUUGUAAUAAAGAUUAUUUUUCAGUGUAGCAAAAAAAGACUUCUCAUUCGAAAUGACACGAAAAGAAAAAUCACGUUUUCCUUUUGGAUUUUUCUCACUAUAAUACAAUUCAGAUUGAAUGUAUUUUCUUAAGAACGUUAUCAAAUUAAUGAAGUAGAAUAUUCAUUGCAAAAAUUUUCUUAUGAAAUUUAUAGAGAAAACGCACUUCACAACUAAUCAUCUUAUAUAUCGGAUUGUACAACCCUGGUCCGACCCUGGAGGCUGUAGUACUCAACAUCUUUACUGUUUUUGUCCUCUUGAUUGUUAUUUCGUGUUAUACAUUUUGAAAAGCAAAUUGAAUUACUUUAAAAGAAAGUAAAUAGGCAGAGUAGCAGGCGCAAACAGUGGCAAACGUGUGGAACGAUUACGGGGGUCCCUCCUGAGGUUCUAUUCACUGAUUCGCCCAAAAUGUUCCUCCGAGUUUGUUGUUCCAUUGUAUUCCAAUUUCACUCAUUAAGUAUCUCACCUCAUAUGUACAAACGAGAAAGAUUGGUCAAGAUUUUGUUCCGGAAAAUAAUGAAACAAUCAAAAAAUGUUAUCAAGAUUGAAAUGAGAAACAAAUGGGUGUGAAAAAGACUGUAUAAAAAGGAAACAACUGGUAUGUUCACAGAAUGACAGAAGCAAGAUUAUCAAUGAAAGUAAUGAGAUAGAUUCAACUCUGAUGAGACUAAUAACGUCGAAAUUAGUCAGUAGUUACAAACCUCUCCUUGCAGUUACGAGUAUUGGGGAUGUUAAUAUCGACGAGGAGAUGGAAUUCAAUAUUCGUCGAAGCAUUAGCCAGGAAAGUAGUUGUUUUCUUCCUUGAAGAUCGGCAGAAUACAUUUGCGAAAUAAUCAAUUUCGAAAUAAGUAUCAAAAUAAGAGAGAGAAAGUGUUCGUAAUGAGAUAUUUUAUCCAGAUUAUCAGAAACAAAAAGUUUCUAUCAUUAUUUUGGAAGUUUAUGGCUUACAAUGGGAGUAACUUGAAUUCCAAAUGGGCUGUUAUAUUCCAGCUAGACUAGGCUAUGUCAAAAAUCAGAUUAAAAUAUUUUGAGGAUAGUGAUAUACCGUUUUUUGAAGAAGGACGUACCUGCAUCUCCUGCAAUAUCAGUGGAAGUAUUAAAGGCCAGGCUACGAAAAUAUGGUAAUCGAGCAAAAUUAGAGGUCAUUAAUUUCUAUGAAAAGUCAUUUUUCUAAAGUUUGUUAAUAUAUAAUUAUUAUUAUUGGAAUCAGUUGUAAUUUUUGUCGAAGUAUUUGAUAACAUGAAUUUCUUCUUAUAAAUCUAGAGAUGUACCAAUUAAUAACGGACAGGGUUCAUAUUCUAUAUUAAAAUUUGGGAAUGAAGUGAAUUCCAAAGAAAAAUUCUAAAAAUUAACUCAGCGAUAGUUUAAGAAAACAGAAAAUAAAAUAUCAUCGUAAUAAGGACUCGAAUAAUCCUUUCAAUAUACUGAUUUAUUAUACAACAACAUCGUCGAGAAAAAAUAAGUAUUUUUCAAGCAUAGAAUUGAUAUAUUUAUAACUGAGGGUAAAAAAUAUUACUUCGACGCAUUUCGUAAUCAGAAAGAAGACCAGCUCCGAUUCUAAAAGGUCACCAGGCGACGAUAUGAAAAGUAAAAAGGGCUGCCCUUCGAGAAAAAUAUCAGAUGUAUAUGAGAACUUUGACAAACAACACAUUGAAUCCUUUCCUUUCUACUCCUCAGCACCACAAGACUCAUCAGAGUACAAAUUUAAUACAAAAUAUGCUUUCUCCAUGUAAGUUAGGCCAUAUUUUUAAAAUAAAAAUAUCCAACUUAUAUUUAAGUAAUGUGGAAAAAGGAAAUCUAAAGAAAAACAAAAUGUACACAGUACUGCAGUACUACAGAGAUUUUUGAGAAGAUACUUACUGAAAGAUAUCUUCAACUUCUUCCCCUCUUGGCAGAGAUUUUUGAGAAGAUACUUACUGAAAGAUAUCUUCAACUUCUUCCCCUCUUGGCAGAGAUUUUUGAGAAGAUACUUACUGAAAGAUAUCUUCAACUUCUUCCCCUCUUGGCAGAGAUUUUUGAGAAGAUACUUACUGAAAGAUAUCUUCAACUUCUUCCCCUCUUGGCAGAGAUUUUUGAGAAGAUACUUACUGAAAGAUAUCUUCAACUUCUUCCCCUCUUGGCAGAGAUUUUUGAGAAGAUACUUACUGAAAGAUGUCUUCAGCUUCUUCUCCUCUUUCCAAAGAUUUUUGAGAAGAUAUUUCUGAACCUCUUAAAAAAUAUUCGAUCAUCUCGAGGGAACAAUUUGGUAUAGAAAAAAAGUACUCAACAUGCUGAUACAAAAAUAUCUUCAUCAAAUUUCUAGCUCGCUUUGAAAAAGGUAAACCCUCACUCUGUGUCUUCCUUGAUCUCCUGAAUGCCUUUUAAACUGUGAAUCAUACAUAGUUGUUGCAGCUUACGGGUUUUUGGAUUCUUUGUUUGUUUUUCUUCACGAAAAGAGUGGAAUAUUCACACCAUAAGCUGGAUGGCGAUUUAAUACAGCAGGUUUUUAUGGCAAACACGCACUAUAUGCUGAUUCUUCUAUAUCCUUUUUCUACUAAAUAAUUAGGUAAAGAUGGAUAAAUACUGAUAUUUGGGGAUUCAUUGUACUGAUGGAAAUAUUGGAUGUUUAUAACAUUCUGUUCAAUCGAUCUUGAUAAUUUUCAGCAUCAUUGUCUCCCUGGAAUUGAUUAUUAUGUAGAAAUUUUGAUACUAGAUACAAUUUUAAAGAGUUUUUAUCUUCAAUAGGACUGUAACCAAUGUCUAAAUGUGUAGGUUUUUGCUAUUAAUUUUCGUUAAUCUUUUUCUUUUGGCAAAGAAAAAAGUAUUAAUCCUUUUUUAUAGUUCUGCGGAAGAUUUUCAAAUAAAUUUUGGAUUUCUCAUCAAUUUCAGAACUUCAGGUUCCAUUGGAAGGCUACGAAUUUUUCUAAUACGUUAAAAUGCUUGAUUUUUUUGAUUCUACAUAUAAUUUGAUAUCAUAUUUCAACAAAAUACACUCAAUUAGAUAUAUAAUGUGAGAAAAAUGAUUUGGACCCACUUUCUAGUCCACUUACAAAAUCGAGUUUAAAUUAAAUAAAAUGGAAUAGUUUUUAAAAGCAUCAGUAUUACGUACGUGGAUAGAAAUGAUAAUAAUUGUUCACAAUAAAUUUAUUAGGCUGUUGAAAUACACUUUUUGUGCUUUUUAACACGCACUUUUUACUAAAAUUGAUAUUCGUAUUAUUCAGUUAAUAUAUAUAUUAAUUAAUAUCCAAAAAAGUGUUCUUUGUUGACGCAAUGAAUUAGGUUAACAUGUCUUCAAUUCACAAUAAAUUAAUAAAUGUUUGAGUACAUGUUAUCAAAAUUUUGUGAUCAGCACAAAAUGUAUUAUAAACAGAUUUCAUUAGUAACACUCGAUUUGAUAUUCAAGAUAUACAUUUUCACUUAUUUAUAAAUUAAUAGCAAACCGUCAUUUAGAAAACAAUCGUUUUCCUAUACAUACCACAGUUUUUGCUUAGAUUCAACGUGAAUUGAAUAAAGAUCAUAAUUUGAUUUAAAGGUUUUAUAAAUAUUAAGUAAUUUAUCCCCAUCUAUAUUUAUGAAUACAAAAAAAUGCGCAUCCGCAUCAAGACCGACUGGUGUAUGGAGCUGUACCAUACUAAAAUCCUUCCUCUUUAAGAUAAACCUUUUCGACGCUUCCAUCCUGGACCCGCGUUCGAGUUCGAGUCCUAGUAAAUCUACUGGAAUGGUUCCUACAAAGGAUUAUAUUACCAAUUUUUAAAAUUAAACGGUAUACACUGCAUAUACUAAGAACAGCUUUGCAAUUUUUGCUGCGUAGUCUCUGCCCAUACUUCUGACUGACAUCAACAGUCUCCUCUUGGUAGUAGUCGGACCCCUAAUAUUUCUUAUUAGUCGCCUAAUCGAUUGAUCCUUCUAUUAUGAUCCUAAAUAUUCAGUGGAUUCUUCCAACUCGAUGAAAACUUCUUCGAUUCUCAUAGCUUGAUAAUUGUAAAGUUUUGCUUCGAUCAAUUGAUCAAAUCAGCUAGCCAACAAGCCAUUUUUUGAAAAACCGCUAAGUGCUAGUAACUUUUGUUGAUUAACCUCUUUGUUCCUUCCAUUGAUAAUGAUAAGACAACUCUAGUCCAAGAAUAUCGUCAAAGGAUAUGUUCCAAUACUGAGAUUCUAGAAUUAACCCUCGUGCGACUCCAUAAAGGAGCUGUUAUUUCCAUGCGAAAUAUCUCUUAAGGGUUCUUCCAGCUCGCCAAUUUAACAUAAUUCCCAAUGUCGAUUUCCUUCUAGUAUUGAUUAUUUCCUUGUUUUAUCUGGAAAGUUUCGAAACCACAUCGACAAUUGAUUUGCCCUUUUAAAAAUCGAACUACUUGUAAGAUAAGUUAACUUCCACUACUGUUAGAAACUUUAGUCUCAUAAGCUUUUCUAGCACUUUGCCUGCAGUGGAAGGUUUCCUGAUGCACUAUUUGAGCCUCUUACCUAAGGUAUGAAAACUCCUCUCUACCCUUUCCAUAUAUCUGAGAAAGUUUUCAGACAUAUAUUUUUCUUUUUGCCGAAUUUAACUUUUCUCGUGCGCAGGAAAGAGUGCUAGGACUAUCAUCUCCAUCAUCUCGACGUGUCGUGGUGGUGAUUUUGAUACUUGCCGAGUUUCUUCUUCGGUACAAUGUUGUAUCCUAGUCUCAAGGAUCUGUAUCAACUCAGAUACCUUGUUGCUACUCGCUCUUCAUAUUUACUUGAACCCUUUUUGAAUUUAUUAACAAAUCAUUAGGCGGAAAGUCUUCAUUUUUUAUCUGUUUUUUUUGACAUCGUUGGAUGCUGGUUAGCGUUUUUCACAUUCUUCAUCGGAAGUUUCUCUUCUUCAUGCUGACAUAAUCCACCAUCUUACCAAAGAAAGCUAUUGUGGAACAAAACAUUCGUCAAGAGAUGAGCGCAAUUUAAACGAACCUACUAUAGAGUCUAGCGUGAAAUACAAGGCUACGUUUCGAACAAAGCGUGAACUCGAUGGAAGACAUUCAGAUGACAUAAUUUUUACAAAACUAAUUCGGUAACUAUCCUUUAAUUUUAUGUAUUCAAAAAUAAAUAUUGAGGAAGUACAAAAUAAAAUA